CCCCUUCUUGCCUUCCCCCGGGCUUCUGCUUGUGUCCUUACAGCCAUGCCGCGCUUCAGCUUUGGAGUGCUGAGCCUUGUGGCCUGUGCCUUGGCCGCUGAGCAGCAGAUCUUCUGGGUGGAUGACCUGAUCUCUCAGGGACAGGCCCAGUCGAAGCUUUGGAUGAUGACUGGGGAGGACGCCCCACUGGGCAGUCGCAAGAUCCAGUACGACGACCAGGACUACUGCAUGGAAGCCUUCGGUGCUGUGGAAGAGAGGGCAUCUCAUUCCUGGCAAAGGGCGGCAAAUAGCAACCUUCAGCUUUGGCAAGAGGACUGCAUGGUGCCUAUGUGGAGACGUAUCGCAAUUUGCUCCCAAGAGAACCCCAUAGGCACGCUGGAUGGCUCCGUUUGCAAGCCGAGCUACUUGAUCAACGGCUGGAACGCCUCCUCACUGGCCAACCGGACCUCGAUUUCAGUGGCCUACGACCCCGCGGGCGAGGGGGAUGGCGAGCACGUGGUGGGCCCGGUAGCGGACCGCAGCAACCGGCGGAUCUAUUGGAUCACCCCCGGGUGCGCGAGCUCCAGCCGGCGCCUGGCCGCCACCGUCUGGAAGGUGAAGUACCUCCUGGACAACCAGAUCGUCCCGGACGGCACCGAGGCGAACCCCUUGACCUGCGCCAACGAGUCCUACGUCUACGCAGUGAACCGCUACGACGCCGACACCGAGAAGUUCUCGUUGAUCUACGUGGCGGACCGCGCCAACUUCCCGGCCCCGUCCAAGUGGACGGCCUACAGCUGGAAGAUCGGCUUCGACUCUACGCGCCAGCGGCUUUACUGGUGGUACUACGCCGGCAGCUGUGCGGUGGCAGGCACCUGCGACGCCCCGCUCUACUACAUCGACGUGGGGUCCCUGACGGACAACGGAGACAUGCCCUCGCCCACCCUGGCGACCACGGUGUCGGACGGCUAUGGCCACGCCUACUGGGAUAUGACGCUGGACGAUGACGGCAACGUGUACAUGGUUGACUGGUGGAAGAUCCGCAAGUAUGACCCCGCGACGGCGAGCCUCUCAACUUUGCACACGGAAGACUACUUGAACACCGGCUGGCAGUUCUAUGGGGUUGCCCACUGGACAGGCACCACCAAGCUCAUCGUCACCAAGACCAACACGGUGACUUCAAAGCUUUGGCUCUUCGAUCUCAGCGACUCCUCCUGGACGGAGUUCUACAGCGCCGUGCACUACGAGUUCAAGAAUUUAGGUCAGACCAUGUACAACCUGGCGGUGGAUGCCAGCCACAACGUGCUCUACGUGGCGACCAGCGGCGGGAACUCGGCGGGGCGGUCCAUCAUUGAACUGCCGCUCAGCAUCAGCGGACAGAGCAUGCCCUACAAGGCGUGCCUCCAGGGCAGCUACUCCCUGCAUUGCCCCUUGCACGGCAUCGGCGAGCGCCUGGUGGUGGGUCACAAGGCGGCGGCCUUCUCGGUGCUGAAUGGGAAGAGCGGGAACUUCGCGGCGGGGUCUGCGGACCGCUUCCCCGCCUGGGGCACCUCCCAGAUCGCGGUGCUGCCGGCCACCGAGACCUACCCCGCCAGGAACCCCUGCUUCUCCAAAGAUGGCGCUUCCAUCGAGAAGCUGUCGGCACGCCUGAAGGCCACGACGCGGACACUCUGCGGCACAACGACUCCCGGGUUCGACACCAGGCACGUGCUCUUCACUGUGGACCCGGGUGACAAAGCCCCCAACUACAUCCUUCGAGACUUCGUGUCCAUGCAGGGCCUGCGCACGGCGUCUGACGGCAGCUUCGGGUAUUCCUAUGUGGGCCAGCGCCGAGCGUACGCGGACUUCAUGGACGUGGCCACCGGCGGUGGCAACGACGGGGUCCUGGCUGGGCUGAAGUCCGAGUGGGCGUACGGCGUUGCGGUGAAGGGCCCCGCAGUGGACUUCGUGCAUGGCUUCGUCUACUGGAUCUCCUGCGAGCGCACCGUGCUGCCGGUGAUCUGUUCCGAGUACGCCUUGAAGCGAGUGCCGCUGAGCGCCCUGGAGGCUGCGGCCAAGGUGCCGGACCCCGUCGACUGCUCCACCACCAGCUGCCCCCACUCCGGGCCCACCCAGGUUCUGGAUGACCGCUACGCAAUCAUUGCAAGCGCCACGGAGGUGCUUUACCACCAAGUGAACCAUCUCUUUCCCGGCGCCGACGACACGGUCCCGGAGAACAUGAAGCUGGCCAUCGACCAGGAGGCGGAGAUCGUGUACUGGCUCACGCCGCAGCCCAGCACGGGCUACAUCUCCCUGAUGUACCUGGACGUGCGGGGCUGGGACAGCUCUCAGCCGCCCUUCGAGCCCUGCGACGUGGGGGAGGUGGCCGGGCACUACGCCAACGGGGACUGGGCAUCUCUGGUGGUGGCCUGCGAUGGCACGCUGCUGAGCCACGAGGUGGAUGUGCUCAAGUCUCUGGACCUCUCCCAGGAUGCCACGGUGGCCAGCUGCCGGUCCCAGGCGGAGGCCUGGUCUCAGCUGGAGGCGGCCUCGCGCCCGGGCUGGAAGGGCUGUUGGACGCGGUACAUGGAGCCCGGAUGUGGCGUCAGCGCCACCGGCUCGUGCGUGCUCAAGGCUAUGACCUACGACCAGAAGCGGGACCAGGUCUACUAUGCUUUCCGCUCCAGCACUACAAAGGAGUCCAUCUCCCGCUUCAGCCGCACCGCCGGCUCCCAAGGCGUUGGCAAUGACGAGGUGGUCUACUCGGGGGUUUUCUAUGAGUUCCCCCCGCGAACCGACAAGGGCGCAGCCUUCAUCAGCGGACUGGCAGUGGACACUUUGAAUGAGUUCAUCUACGUGGCCAACUACUACGGCAACUCAGCGUAUCAGUCGUUGGCUAUGCUCCCACUACCGGAACAUCCUCAGUACCCAGGAUCGAACCAGGAGGUGCACAAGAACUAUUGGCCGAUGGGCCUUGUGGACGAAACCGACGCCCCCAUCGCCUGUUUGUACGGCCACGAGUCCAUCCCACACUCCUCCGGCUUUGACAACCGACACUGCGAGUACCAGGGCGAGCGCCUACAGUGGGCCUUCCGCGCCACCGGCUUCGACGUCAUCUUGCCGAACCCCGAGGGCAUCAAGAGGUACUAUGUCACGGACACCUCCAACUCCAUUGCGAUCCUCCCUGCGAAGCCAGGAGUUUACCAGCGACACGUGCCUUUCGACUGGACCCAAUUCUUCUCCAUGCUGCCGCACGCGAGCAUUGGGCUCAGCAAGACCAACGGCUGGAAGUACCUCUCGGUGCCCGUGAGCGCCAGCGACCUGGGCCGGCAGCCCUCCUUCGACUUCUGCGCGGAGCUCUGCGCCACCUUCUGGCGGGACGGCACCCAGAGGUGCAUCGGCUUCGACUGGCGGAUGUCUCAGCACGACUGCGGCUUCCUGCAGCGGGACGGUCUGCUGCCCAACAAGACCUCGGCCUGUGGGUACUCCAACAGCGGCCUGAGCUGCCGCUUCGCCCUGGUGGACGUGGCCGCGGAGGAGUCCUUCACCGCGUGGCCCAACCCCUGCUUCACCAUGCCGCAGGCGGACACGGACGGCAACGGCUGGAUCAUCGCCACGUCCGGGUAUGCCCCCGCUGGGGGCUGGCCCAGCUAUGUGCGGGAAGGCUACAGUCAGGACGGAGCCCGCGCGCUGCUCUUUCUCUUGAAGGCGGAGGUGCUGGCAGAGACUGCCCAGGGCCAGGCCUUGCGGGACUCCUGGCGCGCUCAGGUGCCCCUGGCGCAUUGGUAUGGCACCACCGACAUCACCGAGAGCGGCGGCCCGGUGAAGAAUGGCAAGGCCAUCUUCCCGGGAGACACGGGUUACACCAUCUUCAAGAACAGUAACACAGUCGACAGCAGCAACCCCAUGCGGAUGCCGACCACUGUCGGCUCCUGCUUCAGCAGCGACACUCUGGUGGUAGGAACUACCACCACCGCAGACGGCGGCACAAGCGGCGGCACAACCGGCGGAACCGGCGAUAGCACGACCCCGAACAACGGCGCACUGGACGCAGCCAUUGGCCACAGCCUCUCGGUGGGCUGCGCACUGCUCCUGGUGCUCUUGCUGCAAGGCUAGCUGGCUCCUGGCCAGGCCAGUGAGCGCUGGACAUUUGAAGACCCGUUCGGCUGUGACGCCCCAAGGCAAACGGGAGGCAUUUGGCAACGUGCUCGAAACCCGGCUAGAUGAAGGUCAA